AUGUUAGUUGACAAAGACAACGUAAUAGACAAAGAUUUCCAAAUGAUGCUAAAACCUUUGAAUAUUUUGGAAUUAAUCUACUUUCAACCAAAAUUCCGUAUUACAGAAACAUUGAUCAGUCCAAACAGUAUGCGAGAGAAUUCGAUUUGGUCAUUAGGUGUUUUUCUAAUGAUCUUUGCAAGUGUGGGAUAUGUAUUUAUGAAUAGUUUCAUCCCGGGCGAUGGUCAAAUAACUGAUAUUGUAAAUAUAUUUUUCUUUGCCGAUGCAGUGUUCUACACUGUCUAUAGUCUAUUGAUGUUCGCCACUAAUAUAAUAUUUAAAGGCAAAAAUGUGCAACUGAUUAUUAAAAUGCAGAAAGCUUACAGAGUACUCGGUAAUGAAAAUGGGUUGAAAAUUUUUCAAAUGAGUAACUUGAUCUUUGUUGCUGGUGUUUUUCUAGUAUAUUUCUCAUACAAUUUAUGCUAUACAAUCUUGGACAUAUAUCGAGUAUCACAUUUAGUGUAUCAUGUGGCUUUGUUUUAUUUCGACGUAAAUGUUAUUGUCGUUAUACGGGUUGUCAAAUUUUUGGAAUAUGAGUUACUACUUUGGAAAGAAAAAUUGAAUGAUUUUCUGAAAACUUGUUCUACGACAAAUCACAAACAUCUUGUUAAAUACUUUAAAGAUGUCAGUUAUGAAGAAAAACAACUUUUGAGCGCUUAUUCAAAUAUCAUUGGAGCUUUUAAACUGUGCCACAAUGUUUUCGGAAUGUCUUGCUGUGCAAUCGUCGGGCGAGUCGUUAGCGGACUGGGCGGCGCGAGUGCGGGGUUAUCAUUGCAUUGCAAUUUCGUGGCUGCGAGUUUAGAAGAUUCGCUGCGAGAUCGGUUCGUGCUGGGCAUGUCUGGAGGCCCGGAGCGGGACCGGCUGUUUAGAGAACCUUUGGAGGAUCUCACGUUAGCGAAGGCGUUGCAGUUAGCGGAAAGCAUCCGCUGCGCUAGAGAAGGAGCGCAGCAGGCGUCGGCGCGCGUCACAGCGGACGUGCACAAGGUGUCGGCGCGGGCGGCCGGCCCGCCGCAGCACGCCGCCGCCGCCGCGCACCGACAUAACGGGGUUCCGCAGAUGCAGCACUACCGUGGCAGUAGGAACAUUGAUUUCAAGCCAAAUGACGUAGUUAUAGUGAAAGUGUACCAGGGACAGAAAGCGUUUUGGUCUAAAGCGUCAGUGAAAAAACAAUUAGGAAGAUCGACAUUUUUAGUUCAUUGUGAGCAAUCGGACCGUUUAAUAAAAAGACAUAAAAAUCAAAUCUACAAGUAUAAGGGGGAAGAAGAUGCGAUAGGGCAACCGCAACCGGAAAACCCUGAUGUUGCCCAACAAGGGAAAAAACCCAUGGCCUCCGACCACGUGCCAGCUAUAGUCAUGGAAACUACCCCAACAAGUAUUCCACAAGCGUCAGCGGUACCAGCCGUAGCUCCGGUCUCUGUAAUACCGCAAGCACCUCUUGCUUCUCCAGUGCCAGCUGGACCUAUUGUACCUCCUCUGUCAGCGGCCGCGUCGGAACUCGGUAAUCAACCCGCUCAGGCAACGAUACCAGAGACAACUACUACGACAGAUGUAGAGGAAUGGCCCGAUUGCCAAGAACCACAGGCCCCGGGCACGAGCGAAUCUGUCGAGGUCCGCACACCGCCAUCAUCGACAUCGGAGACGGCCACCUCUAUAACCAGCCUCUUGGUAACCUUCAUAUGGAUAUUGAAGUCGGUGACCCUAAUCAGUUUCUUAUGCGUGGCCUGUCAAAAUUUCUAUUUGACCGUGGCUGAUGUGGAAACUGCCUGCUCGGUCGUACGAUGUGAUGAGGGAUGCCUUGUAUCAGCCCACCGUCUCUCCAAGAACGUGCAACGUUUCGGCGCAUGCGUGGGAGCGAGACGGAUGAUGCGCCCUUUCAACCUGGUGUCAGUCAGCGCGGCGACACCGCUUCACAUGCUGACCGUGCUCGUUACAUAUACUGUCGUGCUACUGCAGUUCGCAUUUCUGUAGUGUUAAUAAAUUAUUGCGACUGUGUCGUUAAUCUAAGAAUCAUAGACAUGGAAUAAAGUAGGCGGAAGGUAUAAAGCAAAAUCGAAUUAACCUUUUCUGUCAGCCUGUACACACUCUAGCAUUCCAUAA